GGUCUUCACCAAAGGAUCCGAUGACAUAGAAUACUACGGAAGGUUAGAGAAUGUAUACGAGCUGACAUUCAAUAGGACAAACAUACAACUCAAUCUCGUUGUGUUCAAAUGCCACUGGUUCGACCCACAAGUUGGACAGAGAAGCACUCCUUCCAUUGGGUUAGUUGAAGUUAGGCCUUCAACCUGCUAUAGCGGAGCCGAUGUCUUUGUUGUGGCUCACCAAGCCAAGCAAGUUUAUUAUUUGCCCUACCCAUGUCAAAAGGAGUACCUCAAAGGCUGGGAAGUCGUGUUCAAGGUAUCACCACAUGGUAAGCUACCCAUGCCCUCCGACGAGGAUUACAACAACAUUGACCCUGUAACAUACGAGGGAAUUUUUUAUCAAGAGCAAGAGAACUUUGGGGAUUUCGAAAUAGAAAUUGGUCUUGAGGACCUCGAGAACGAGGCACAUCUUCAUGGUGAAACAGUGGUGGACCUAAAGGACAUACAAAUGCUCACCAAGUUACAUGAGGGCAAUGGGUUCAAUGAUGAGCCUCCACCGGACAUUCCCACCCAACCUCAUUACUCACAUGAUACUGAUAGUGAUAGUGAAAAUGAGAACCCAAUGCCUCGUUAUGAGAACCCAAUGCCUCAUUAUGAUAGUGAUGAUUCGAGGUGAUUGAUCAAUAUGAGCGGAAGCAAGCAAUCCAUGAACUCCAUUUUGAAGAGUAUGAGCCA